UCGAUUACUAAAUCAACAAUUUCGAAAUCAUCCGCCACCUCUUUUCAUAUUUAAAUUUUUUAAUUGCUUUAAAUUAGGUAUUCUUUUCUGAACGAAGAUUGAAUUAAUACACACAGGAAGCGCAAUUCGAGUGUGCUACUUUGCGAAUUUUAUUAAUUCGAUUACCUUUUAGCAAUGCGUCGUAAAUGGGACAAGAUUUAAAUUGCCAAGUUCCGAAAUACAAUUUCUAAACGGAGACGUUAUUCUGGAGAACAGGUGCCGAUACAGCUGUACAUAUAUGUUUAUUUUCGUCGAGUCGCCGAGAGAAAAUCGACUUAAAUGAAAUUCGCUAGUGUCAAUUUAAUUCGUUCGACGAGAGUGUCGUCAGUCGCCCAAAAUUGUCAACAAUUAUUUAAAGUAAGACGUAACUCGCCGCACUCGGUUUGACAUUUUUAGAGAGUUGUUAUUGAUGAUAUAAAAAACAUGAUUCGCCGUAAACUGGGUCUGGAAUCCGGCUUACAAAAGAUUACGGAGCAGCAAAGCUACGAUAUAAGGUAUUUUGGUAGUUCAGUGUUGGUGGAACCAGAUGUUAAAAGAAUACGAGAAGCAAUUCGCCAUUUGGUUGGUGAUGUUAUAGUUAAAGGCAAGGAGCGUUCUCUGCCUAAGGUCACAUUACGUGUGCUCAGAGACGGCGUCCAUUUCAAGGAGAAAUCGAAAAAAUCGGUGGAACAAAUUAUUCCUAUACGCAAACUUUCUUACGAUACAUUCUUGAGCUCCAAUAUCGAACUGCUUGCGUUGAACCAUCACAUGGACACCACUCCGGUAAAGAUGGAAUGUUUUGUCGUUUGGUGUGAAACGGAUGAUAUACUUAAACAGGUGGGAAUGGAAAUUUACAGUGCGCUCAGAGAGCAACAUUUUCGAAGGGUUCGCGAACAACGCAAAGAAAGUAGGCCCAAUGUUUUGGAAGCAAGUAGAAACGGUGUUGUUCCGUCUGAUCACGAGGUGGCACGCGUGCGGAGCGAUAACAACGUCAGCUCGUUUAUAAGCAAUUUCAGUCUAAUGAAUUUCGAGCUCCAAAACAACGAAGAGCAGUUUUUGUCUCCUUCCGAUCUCUCGGACGAUGCGUAUGAGUCCGAUUUGCAUUCUGCGCUAGAGGACAUGUUGAAAAUCGUCGAGGAAGAGGAAAUAAAGAAUGGUUUGAAUGUUGAAAUGAAAAAUGACCCAUCUUGAGCACGAAAUACAGGACUGAUUAAAAAAUCAAGUACAAAUCAACCAAAGACUGAUAUAAUCAAAAUGAUUUUUCCACACAGCAUACAAAAAGAAAAUUUCCCCUAAGGUUAAUGAAAUUCCCCUUGCAAUUUGAAUGAUUCGUCAUAGUUAUGAUUGUACUAUUAAAAGUUUUGCUUUGCAAGCUACAAAGCAAAAAUAAUUACUGACAAUGACAAUCUGCUCAAGAGACCAUUCGCAUAACUGCAAACGGCACAAAUUCACCAGACCACGUUACAAGACAAACAAAUAAACUUCCAAAUUUGGGAUCUUUGGCGUCGUGAAUGUGAGAUUGACUGAUUGUUGGAAUUUGCACAUUGUGACAUUCAUUGAGACAACAGUUUCACGUUGCUGCAGAACUUAAGGGGGUGUUUACAUGAAUCCGGAAUGACUUUCAAUCCCGAUCGAAACGUGAUGUCAAUCCGUGUUUACAUGGGAAAUCAACACAAGGAUUGACAUUUUGCGGGAAUUUUGAAAUUUGAAGAUGGAGAACAUAAACAUUGUAGCAACCCUUUUUUUUCUGUUAUUCCUUCGUUAAUACAGCUUAACACUUGCAUGAAACUAAUUGUUGUUUUUCUUCGCACUCAUUUUAGCCCAUUUAGCCUCUUUAUUUGCUUACGAGCUUCAAUUUGCCAGAAGACAAUACCCAUGGCACAUGCGUGCUUUGUCAUUAAUCACAAUAUCAUUCCAGAAUGAAACUCAAUUCGCGUUUACAUGAGAUUAAAAGUAAAUUUCGAUCCGGAAUGAAAAUAGGAAUGAACUCGAUCCGGGGUUCUUUUAAAGUGGAAUGAGUUCAUUUCGGAUCGAAACUCAUUCCGGUUCAUGUAAACACCCCCUAAGUAAUGAUUUGCUGGUGUAUCAUGUAUGUAAAAAUAUCAGACGAUUUACCCUGAACCAAAACAGAUAGCAUCUAGCAAUAGAAGGAAGGGUACAGGUUUAUAACUGGAAAAGUGCCGAUGUAGAAGUAGACGUUGCCAGUUUGCGAGUUAUUUGUAAAAUGACGUUAUUUUUAAAUCAAUAAAAUCAAUCAUGCGAGAACA